AUGUCAACUGCCAAUUUUCGCUGCGAGAAGCACGUCGUGCCAUGCCAGCACAUUCGAGGAUAUCCUAGAUCAUUAGCUGGAAAACAGGAGGAGGUUUUGCAUCUUGAGAUUAAGCAAUACACGCCGCUGGACAAUCUCUCACCGCAGCCGGGAGAUGUGACCAUCAUUGGUGCUCACUCGAGUGCUUUUCCCAAAGAGCUGUACGAACCGCUAUGGGACGAUUUGCUACAAGUUUCUAAGCAAGGAAAUGGGUUACGAAUACGCAACAUUUGGUUCGCUGAUGUGGCUCACCAAGGCGCCAGCGGUAUUAUGAAUGAAGACAAAACAGGCAAUGACCCAUCCUGGUUUGACCACGCACGAGAUCUGCUAUUGAUGGUCAAUCACUUUCGCGACCAAAUGCUCCGUCCAAUAGUCGGCAUUGGCCACAGUAUGGGCGGCAACCAGAUGAUCAAUCUGGCCCUACUCCACCCACGAUUACUGACCACGGUGAUUGCAAUCGAGCCUACGAUCAAUCGUAGUGCGAAAGAGAUGCAGAACACUUUCAACACCUUCUACGGCCUGGCACUCAAAAAAGACAUUUGGGAAAGCCGCGAGAAAGCAAUCGCAGAGGCAGGGCGAAACCCACUUUUUAAGCGAUGGGACGAGCGAGCGUUUCGUCUUUGGGGCAAACACGCUCUUCGCGACUUACCGACAUCGCUGUAUGAUGGAAAGAUUGAAACGGGAACACGACCAGUAACACUGACGACAACGAAGCACAACGAGAUAUUUACCUUUGCUCGUGCAGCAUACCCACCUGACAAGAGACCACUCACAGAGUUGAAGCCAACCGGGCUUUCGCAUCCAGACCUGGGUUCGGGAGAUGCUCGGAAUUAUACGAACGCAUUUUAUCGGCCGGAGUCUCCCCUGACGUUUAUGCAGCUCCCUUAUCUUCGUCCCACGUGCUUGUAUAUCCAUGGCUCAAAUUCAUUGAUGGCAGGCGCGAAGCCGCAAGGAAGGGCUGACAAGCUGGAGGUGACUGGUACGGGUAUUGGCGGUAGCGGUGGUGUAGCUGCAGGUGCAGUAGCGGAUGUUAUCGUUGAGAAGUGCGGGCAUUUUCUGACGUUCGAAAAGCCUGCGGAAAUUGCUGUACAUGUUGGACGGUGGCUGACACAAGAAUUGAAACGUUGGAGAGAGGACGAACAGAGGACGCAGGACCUGUGGGAGCGCACCGAUUCAAGGUCUAAGCGGACUAUUGAUGAUGAUCGGCUGUUUUGGAUGAAGAGGCAGUUUGAGGCUCGAAAGAGGCCUAACCCUGACGUAAAUAAGGGGCUCUCUCAGCCAACAUCAAAGCUUUGA